GUCCCCCGCCUCCUCCCUCCGCCUCCUCCUCCCUCGCCCGCAGCCGAGCGUCCCUUCCCCCCAACCCGUCGGGCUCCUCGGCGGCUACUGCAGAGGAUUCAGAGCCGAGUCGCUGAGGAGGAGGAGGCUUCGGUCCCCGCGCGCCAUCCUCCACCCUACUGGAUACGGGCGAGGGAGCGAGAGCGUCGCCGUCGAAGCCUUCGGAGAAGACAAGGGCAUCGCCGCCUCAGCAGCCACCGCCGCCGUUUUCGCCUGCAGCUGCUAGCCGGAUCCUCAGUCUUCCACAAUGAACCCUGUUUACAGCCCCGUGCAGCCUGGGGCUCCUUAUGGCAACCCUAAGAACAUGGCCUACCCGGGUUACCCCACAGCCUAUCCAGCAGCGGCUCCUGCCUACAAUCCCAGCCUCUACCCCACCAAUAGUCCCAGUUAUGCUCCAGCAACUCUGCUGAUGAAACAGGCCUGGCCACAGAACUCGUCUUCCUGUGGCACUGAAGGCACCUUCCACCUCCCAGUGGACACCGGGACCGAGAACCGAACUUACCAAGCAUCCUCUGCGGCUUUCAGAUAUACUGCGGGGACACCGUACAAGGUCCCACCGACCCAGAGUAAUACUGCUCCACCCCCCUACUCCCCAUCACCCAACCCCUAUCAGACGGCCAUGUAUCCAAUCAGAAGUGCCUACCCCCAGCAGAAUCUGUAUGCCCAGGGAGCCUACUACACACAGCCGGUGUACGCUGCCCAGCCUCAUGUCAUCCACCACACCACAGUCGUCCAGCCUAACAGCAUUCCCUCUGCUAUCUACCCGGCUCCUGUUGCUGCCCCCAGGACCAACGGCGUGGCCAUGGGCAUGGUGGCAGGCACCACCAUGGCAAUGUCAGCAGGUACCCUGCUGACUACACCCCAGCACACAGCGAUUGGGGCACACCCUGUCUCCAUGCCAACAUACAGGGCCCAAGGAACCCCUGCGUACAGCUACGUGCCCCCACACUGGUAAAGCCUGCAGCCCAUCCAAAUCUGGAGUCACACAUUGUAUGCAACUACUCAAGUCUUACACCGGUGCUGGAGCAGUUCCCUAGCAGCACCACCUCUAUUUGCAAGAGACAACGGAAGUGCAAGGGUCACUUUAUGCAUCUUUAAUGGUUUUGAUUUUGAUUUUUGGUUUCUGUAAAAGCUGCUUUUUCUAAUCUCCUGCCUCUCCGCCCUGUCCCCCUCUUAGCCACUGCCCUUCCAGCUCUACCCCCUUCCUCUUACCUGACCAGGUCAUGUCCUCUACGCUCUUCCCUGAAUGUCCUGUCCCUAGGGAUCCCGGUCUAGAGGCAAGCAGAGUAGGGUUUAUUGCAGUGGUUCAUCUGAAGGCUUGAUUCCAUUUGAAGAGCAUAAACAGAUAUGGUCUGGGGUAGGAAUUCAGAGCUGUUGAGGAGGCUACAUCUCUGAGGGAGUGUUCUUGUUUUUUCUUAAGAUUAGUUCAAGACAUUCCCAUGUCCUGAACACAAAGGAAAUGUCUCCUGAGAACCAUUGUAACAGACCAAGAACAAAACCACCUGACUAUGUAGGAGUGUUAUUAGCAGCUUAAUAGCCCAGGCUGAGAAUCUGGGGAAAAAAGUCUUUAGAAUUUGGGGGAGGGUGGGGGGGAGGGAGGGCACUGUGGGAAAGGAGAGGGAAGGGAGGAGCGGUGCUUGCCUCAUGGCUUUGGUUUGAAAGGUCUCUAGCCAAAGCAUCUGGCCCUGGACCUUCUGAUUUGCACAGUGAUGUUCACUGACCUGGCACUUCCUCAAAAGGUGAUUUUGACCUCAGACCUGCCAAGCAGCGGCAGGGUGGUGGGAUCCCAGCAUCCUGGGGCCUUGGAAGGCCAGAUGCCCUGUGUAAUCCAGACUUCGGCCUCUGAGCUGUCAUGGACCCACUCUGAUGAGGAGCUUCCUCCUGAUCGGAGUGAAAACCUAGGGCAUUUCUCUCCCUUUCCUUUUGCCCUUCCCAGUGCCAGGACUCACCUGUCUGUCCGUAGAGCUUGCAGGCAGGCCAAGCUCUUGGUUACCUGUGCCAUUCAUGGCCCAAGUGAAGGAACCACAUUCCAGGUGGGUGCUGGCAGCUCUGAAGGUCAGGAUAGUGAAGGAAAAGCAAUAGCAAUAAACAUUUCAUAGACUCAUGGAACUGAAGGGACCUUAGCAAUCAUCUCAUUCAUUCCCCUAUUUGGCAGAUGAGGAAACUGAGGCCCAGAGAAGAAGAAAGAACUUCCCUAGACCUCACAGUAAAUUAGCAUUAAAUGCAGCCUUCCUACCUAGUGGCAUUGCCUAUGAAAAUUUACCUAGGGAUGGAUUGGCUUGGUUUUUGUAAAAAUUAAGUCGGCAACGCCCAUACCUGGUAAGCUCUGGAAUGGUCUCUGGGCUCCUAUUUCUGCUCUUUUCCUCCAUGGACUCCAAAGGCAGGGGUUAAAGACUGGGCAGAGGCCACACAGAGGCAAAUGGCAGGAACAGAAAUUGCAAAUGAAGAAAUAGCACUUGGAAAUUCUGUGAAGACAUCUGGAACUUUCAUCCUGUACCUGACUCUACCUGCAGGAGAAGGAGCAGGUGGGCUGUCUGAAAAGGAGAGGCCCUGCUUUUAGGACAGUAGCUCCUCAUCCUGAGAGGAGAGGGAAAGGAAGAGAGAAGAGAAUGGGAAUCAUCAGGAGAGAAGGACAAGAAGAAUGAGGCCCAGGAGACAGGCUCAUCUGGGAGAAGAGGGAUCUCUGGGACAAGGAGGUCCCUGCUAGUCUCAGCCAGGAGCCUGGAUUGCUCAGCAGCAGCCUCUGGCACCCAGCACUUGGCUGGGCCAGCAGCCCCUCUGGGGGUGGGGCAUGAAUAUUUUACUGUAUAAAAUGGGAUCAUUGACAACAUUUGGGACUUUAAAAAACCUUUUUCAUUUUAAAUUUUUGCAAACUUGGACAUACCCUUACCCCUACCUCCCAUGUCUCCCUAAGGGAGGGAAAAAUCAGGAAACCCUUGGGUUGGAAGCUUAGAAGCUGUCUAGCCAUUCCCAGAAGGGCAAAGCCCAUCAGCAUCCUUGGCCUAGAGCCAGGAGUUUGGGGGCCUACCUUCCUGGGCUUCCAAGGAGCUUUAGGACCAGUAAGAAAAAAAUCCAGCUGUUCUGAAUUGUCUGUUCUGGGGUGCUGAUGAGGUUUCACUUUAAAAUAACAAAGUUUUCCAGUGUUAAUUCACUUUUUGCAGAUACUCCUCCUACCCGCUUUGGUUUUGUAAAGGUGGGAGAAGGUUGGUCUAGAUUAUGUCAUACAUGUUUUAAAAAUGCCAAAAUAAUAAUGAUAAUAGAAACCUUUGCAUUUGUCAGGUGCAUCAUAGAGUUCAAAGCACUUCACAGCCUUUCACGUACUCACCCUGACAGGGUCAGAGUUAUUAUAGUCAAUUGACAAAUGAGGAAACAGGUUAUGGAAGGAAACAGGCCCAUAGUCAGCAGAAUGUUGGUAUCUGCCAGGCUUCCCCGAACCCUGCUGCCUCUCUGUGGGCUGGGGUGGAACCACAGACAGGAGAAAGGAAGAGGAGGAGACCUAGGAAUGACCGUGUAACUUUUUUUCUUGCUAUACCAGUAAGUAAAACUAACAACUGGACCUCACAAUUCAUGGAGCAGUUUAACAUACAUUAUUCUGGCUUAACCCCAUGAGAUAGAGGUUAUUUCUCCAAUUUGAUCCUUAAGGAAAUCAGGGCUUGGAAAAGUGAAGUGACUUGCUAAUAAGUGACACAGCCGCUUGAAUCCCAGCCUGUCUGCUAUCUUAUUCCCCUCCAUCUGAUCCCCACUAGGCUCACGUACUGAAGCAUCUAUGCUCUGUGCCCCAUCUUCACCCCUACCAUGUAAUUCAAGAGCAAAGGGAGGCCCUAAGGUGAAAAUAGGCACUGAAAGGCUGUGGUCUGGAAGAGCCCAGAUCCAGCACCCCUUUUUCAGUAUGAGCCCCAGUUCAGCCAGCCUCAGCCCUCUUGCUGUGAUGGAGAUCCACAAGCCUGGCCAAGCUUGGGGAGUCACUGCAAAGGGACUGAGCCCAGGAGAGGGGACAGUCAUGUGCCUCUGGUAGGAUAGGCACAGUUACUGGUAAGGUCACAGAGAUCUGGUGGGCGGUACCUUAGGUAUCCUCCAGAGAUUCUAGAUGGCAUGGUAGUCAAGCUAGACAAAAAGCUGGAAGGGCCCUUCCAUUGAAGGCAGGCAGGCAAGAAAGAAGACAAGGGAUGUGCCCACAUGACAGCUACAGCACUGGCACCAGCACGCAAACCCCUUUCUCCUUCUCACGUCACUGCCUCUCCCCAGGUGCAACACGUGUGGCCAGGAUCAGGGGUACAGAUGCUUCCAGUCACCAGCCAACCCUUUUGAAUUCCUCUACUUCUACCUGAUACUGUCUCCUCACUGGCCUGGGGCCAAGAAAGUUUGAGUAUGGGAGCUGGAUUGCCUGCAAAUAGUGAAAGCCUGAAACAAUCAUUUGCCAUGUUUUGAAAAAAAAAAAAAUGCAUAUUUAAUUUCUUCCUCAUGAGAUAGGAUAGUUGCUGUUCUUUCUUACCUGGCAAAUGACCCUAAAAUGUAUAUCCCCUUUCCUGAAUAUUUAGUAGGGACACACCUGUCCGAAGCUUUUUUUGGUAUGCAAAGUACUUUGGCAUUGGUUGCCAAAGUCCCCCAUUUUAUAGAUGAAGAAAACUAAGGCUCAGAAGGCUUGAGACUUGCUAAAGGGUUACACAGCUUGUGAUUCUUCAGAACCUCUGCUCUUUCUGCUGCCACCUGCUGGGUGUCUUGGCAAGCAUGAAGGGAGGGACUACCUAUACUUACGGAGACCAGGGAAGCCCAGUCCUCUGAGCUGCACAGAUUUGUAUGAACUGCUUUGGGCCAGGACCUGUAAUGGGUCCUGGGGAUACAGAGGCACAUCUAGCUGGCAGCACAAAAACAACAAGAAUUUGCAAUUAAAGGCCUAUCUUGGGCAAAACACUUUGGGGGGGGGGUCACAGUGCCCAGGACUGAAGACAUGUUCAAGGACAGCUUGAGGCAUCUUCCUAUUGAGAGGCCCAUGUCCUUGGUAAGCCUGUACACCUGCCUUCCUAGCCUGAGAGCCUGCCCACUAUCCAGACCCAGUGAUUUGGUACUUCAAGCGGAUGUGGUGCAGAUUUGGCCAAAAGCAUGUGGACUGAGGUCCCUCGGCUUGCUUUUCCCAGGGGUGGGGAACAGAAUCAGACUGAGCAUCCUUACCCCUGGCCACCCAAAUUGUUCCAAAUUUGAGGUACCUCACUCCCAGAGAUCUGGAGGUCCUUUGAAGGCCUUGUUUUGUUCUGAUGGGCUUCAGAAAGGAAUCACCUGAAGUAGAAAAGUAGGACAAGUUUCGGCUCAUCAUACAGAUACGACUCAUCCAUGUUUCCAGUGAGGCACUGGCUAAGCCAGCCCCGGAGCCUCCAUAUCCAAUUCCUCAGCUCUGUUCUGUGGCCAGAGGCAAUGAGCCCCAUUCUGGGCCCUGUGAGCUUUCUAUCAGCAUCUAUAUCAUAAUUCUUCCUCAAUUGCAGUUAAGUGAAAAUAUACGGAAGUCUGCUUUUCUAUCCUAUAUUCUCCCAAAUCACUACUGGCUGUGCAGCCCCAGCUGCUUGCCAAGCUUGGGAAUCUGGAGGGCACAGUAGUAGAGUGGGCCAGUGGGACCACCCACAGAGCUGAAGAAACACGGCCAGACUAACUGAUGGGAUUCCACACCAGAGCCUCUGAGCACACAGGCAGGCAUGCCAGGUGGGCUGCAGGGUUUGUCCCUUACUCAUCCAUCUGCCCCUCUCCUAGAAAACUCCUUGUUUCUUAAAUUAAGCAUAUAUAGUUCUAGGGCCCAGCCUUCAAAAUUCCUGGCAGGCCAGCUUCAACACUCCAUGGCCAGCCAGACUGGGGUCCCAGUCCCUCAGUUUGUCCAGUGGAUGUCUUCUGUUGUGCAUGCUGUUGAGCCCAACGCAAAGGCCAACUGAGGCACACAGGAGUUGGGACUGGCUGCCACAAAGCCAGAAAGGGAAAAGACAGCACUUGUUUCCCUGUGGCCACAUGGAUAGUCCCUGUAUAUCCUUGCUGUGGUAGUGAGGUCCUCUACCCAUUUCCUUCCUGAAGAGAACAUACAUAACGGCUUUACAGAGAAGUACCAGCCCAUAGGAAUCAAAUGGGUGAAAUCAGCUUUGGGCCUCACCCCAGCAAGACCAGCAUCUCCAGACCCCAGCCUUUCUCCUCAGGCCUAAAAGUCAAGAGACAAAGAGUGGGGACGGUCCCAGAGACGACCUCCUGGGGUCAGCCAGAUAGUCUGGAUCUAUGGUGUGACUCAAGCUCCUCCUUACCCAGGGAGAGGCAAGGCCAGGCCUCUAGCAACUUGGAGUUGUCUGUAAUGAUCUCUAAAGGCCCAAGGGCCUGUCCCCAUCCUGACUUCAAGGCAUCUGCUUCCCUGUUUCAUAUCACAUGACAGAGAAACCUGUUCUCAUGGCAUGUAACAUCCCUGUGAAGAGAGCGUUGUAUAUGAUUUUGUAUUUUUUAAUUCAUUUUAAUCUACAGGUUGGAAUCUAAUUUUUAAAUUUUAUUGGAACUCACAUUUUAAAAAUAAAACAUUUAAAAUAAUAAUAAUAAACCUUUCACCAGUGUCUUCCAAGUAGUUUGAUCAAAGAAUUUAUAGGUGUUUUCAAAACACACUCGAGUGUAAAGAUUGGAAAGCCCCAUGGCCUCGCUUGUGUGUCUGAAGUGUAAAUCUGGUUUUGUUUUGUUGUUUUGGAUUCUUUUGGGUUUUUAUGUUUUGAAGAUCAGACAGUGAUCACUCUGAAAGAUUGAAGCCAAGAAUUUGUAACUAUGAUAUUUACUGUAAGCUGUAGAACACUCAAUAACUAUUAAAAAAAAAAAAAGUUUCCC